AUGGUUAUGGCCGAAUUUGACGAAAGCCUGGAGGAUACCUCUCUCGAGGUAGAGAAAAUUAUAAAAGCCAAUUUCGAAAGUUUGAUUAUCCAGUCCACCGACAUCAGCUUUCCCUUCGCGAAGGGGACGAUGUACCUGGACAACCCCAAGACGGUUUCCUGGCCUACCGUACCAUCGAGUGCCGAAUUGGGCCGGACGUUGCAUCCUACUCCUAUCGGUGCCUCGCACCUGAGCCACUCCCUGGGAAACAAAGAUGGAAGCUCGAAUGGAAGCUUGUCCGUCGCCGAGACAACUUCCUGCACUGCUAAACCUCGGCCCAAAUCAACAAUCAAAUACUAG